AUGUCCCCGGUGAAGCGGGAAGUUCACCCUCUCCCAAUGAAUGGGGGAAGGAAUAGGCAAGUGGAUGCGUGCAACGAUGAGGCUCAAGAGUGUCAGAAUGAGGCUUCAGAGUGCCAGAAUGAGGCUUCAGAGUGCCAGAAUGAGGCUUCAGAGUACCUGAAUGAGGCUUCAGAGUGCCAGAAUGAGGCUUCAGAGUACCUGAAUGAGGCUUCAGAGUGCCAGAAUGAGGCUUCAGAGUGCCUGAAUGAGGCUUCAGAGUGUCAGAAUGAGGCUUCAGAGUGCCAGAAUGAGGCUUCAGAGUGCCAGAAUGAGGCUUCAGAGUGCCAGAAUGAGGCUUCAGAGUGCCAGAAUGAGGCUUCAGAGUGCCUGAAUGAGGCUUCAGAGUGCCAGUAUGAGGCUUCAGAGUACCUGAAUGAGGCUUCAGAGUGCCAGAAUGAGGCUUCAGAGUGCCUGAAUGAGGCUUCAGAGUGCCAGUAUGAGGCUUCAGAGUACCUGAAUGAGGCUUCAGAGUGCCAGAAUGAGGCUUCAGAGGGCCAGAAUGAGACGCUAUAG